AAGUUGUCUUUAUCUUUCAGCCAUGCCCGAGUUGAGCACAGACAUUGACAUCAUUGCAGCAGAUGUAUCCAGCAAAGAAUCUCUGGCCAACAUGUGCCAACAGGCUAUAGUUAUUCUCAACUGUGUUGGUCCAUACAGGUUUUAUGGCGAGCCGGUGGUCGCCGCAUGCGUGGAGAAUGGAGCUCACUACAUUGACAUCUGCGGAGAGCCACAGUUCCUGGAGCGCAUGCAGCUUGAGUACCACACGAAGGCCUCGGCCACAGGGGUGUACGUAAUUGGCAGCUGCGGCUUUGACUCCAUACCGGCAGACCUGGGAAUUCUCUAUACUCAGAGCCACUUUAAAGGUUAGACUUGUUUUUAUGACAAGAUUGGUACAGUGGAUCCUCAGAAGUCUUGUGA